AUGGUAGACAAUUUAGCUGAUGUUAUGCAUCGUGAAUUGUAUUUAACUAAUAGUGAUGCUACUAACGUCAAUAAUAAUAAUAUCAGUAGCAAUCGCUCAUUACAACCACAUGCACUUUCAAGGAAAAUAUCUGAUCAUAAAAAUAAUAAUAACAAUAACAAUAACAAUAGUCAGCAUCAACAUGCACAUCAACAAUCAAUACAAUCUCCUCCAAUAAUUACAACAACUGAUUAUAGUUAUCCAUCAUCUUUGAGUGUAAUGCCUGCUUUACAUAAAUUAUCUCAUCAUCAAAGUUUAAAUUCAGGAUAUGAUACAGAUGGAGCAGUAGCCUCAUCUAAAUCUAUAUCAAAACGUCAUCAUAAAAUUAGCAAUGGUUAUGAACAUUUCGUUUCACCAAGAUUACCUCCUAGACAAUCUAGAGCACCAUCAUCACAACAAUUACCAACUCUUGGACUUCGAAAAAGUUUACCACAACAAAAUUUCCUUACAGUCAAUCCAUCUCUUAAUAUGGCACAGAAUUAUGACGAUAGAGAUGACGAAUUCAAUCAUGAAAAUGAUGCAGAUCAUCGUCAUGUUCGUUUUAACCUACAUACCCAUCGCUCAUCUUCUCCUGGUAAAGCUCAUGGUGCACAUGGUACUCAUUCACCUACAAUAUCACGUCAUGAUGGAGUACUUGCUAAUACAAGUUCAGGACGACCAUUACGAUUUAUAUUUAUGCGCCAUAGUGAACGAGCUAAUCAAGCAUUGGGAUCUGAUUGGUUCAUUAGAGCAUUUCGAACAGGUACUUAUAAAGCAUAUGAUCAAAAUUUGCCAAUCAUUUUACCAAAAAGACGUUUUGAUCAAGCAUACGAAUUUGAUGCACCACUAACAGUUCGUGGUUUAAAAAAUGCUCGUGAAACUGGACGUGCUAUGGUGAAUAGUAAUCUAACAGUUGAUGUAUGUCUUUCAUCAAGUGCUCUUCGUUGUAUUCAAACAUGUGAACGAAUUUUAUCUGGCAUGAACCGUCGUGAAGAAAUUCCAAUUCGUAUUGAACCCGGUUUAUUUGAAUGUCCUCAUCUCAAUCAUAAAAUAGUCGAGAGUUUUAUGACCAAAAAAGAAUUACUGGAUAAUGGAUAUAAUAUUAAAGUUGAAUAUAAACCAUUAAUUCCAAAAAUAGAUGUACCUGAAUCAUUAGAGGAAUAUUUUCAUCGAUGCUUUACAGUUAUGCAUGGUAUUAUUAAUCGAUAUGCUAGUUAUGGUGGUACUAUACUUAUUGUUACACAUGCACCAGGUUUAUUAGCUUUAACAGAUGCUGUUAGAGGCAUACGAACAAAUCAGGAAAAUUUCUAUCGUACUGUAGCUGGAUAUCCACCAUUAGCUGUUUAUAUAACUGAAUUCGAUGGAAAAAAAUGGAAACAUUCUGAACAACCAUUUUCUAUUCCUAUUUUUGAAAAAUAA